AUGAAUCGGACAUCACCAACAACAAUAGCUUCCAUCACAAUUUGUGUUUGCUUUCAAACUCCACCGUUACAACAUCGCACCACAACACCAGCCCUGAGCCACCACCACAUUGCCUUCGCAACAACCCAGAACCACCACUAUACCACCACUGUUGCCUAUUUCAUCUGCGUAGUAGGCCUAUUUCAAAGACUGGAGAACACCUUGAACUGUGGACUUGAAAGGGUUUGGGCUGUUGGAUACAUGAAAGGUUCCCGUCGGAUUGUUAUUGGCUAUGAUGAAGGAACCAUAAAGGUGAAAAUUGGACGUGAAGAGCCUGUAGCCAGCAUGGACAAUAGUGGAAAAAUUAUAUGGGCUAAACAUAAUGAAAUUCAAACUAUUAACAUCAAGAGUGUGGGAGCUGAUCAUGAGGUUUCUGAUGGAGAGAGGCUGCCUUUAGCAGUUAAAGAACUGGGAACAUGUGAUCUUUAUCCACAAAGCUUGAAGCACAACCCAAAUAGGAGAAAGUAUCACCCGAAAAACGAUGGGCCAAAGGUUUCGUUUUUUAGUGAUGAUGAAGAGACUACCAGCACACCAAAAGCAGAUGCUCUUUUUAUUCCAAGGGAGAAUCCAAGAGCUCUGGUUAUUCGCCCUCUUAAACAAUGGCCUGGAAAAUCAUCUGCUGAAAAAUUAAAAAACGCAUUUUCUCCAGCACACAAACAAACGGUGAUUACACUGGGAAACCAUUCUGAAAACGGAACCCUAAAGGAACAAACACCAAUAAAAACCCCCCAAAAUCAAAACGGAGGAUGUGAUGGUGGCGAGAUGGAAGAUGGCUUUGAGUUUAUAUUUAAAAACAAAGGCAUCAACACUGAGGUGACUUACCCAUAUCAGGCAACAGAUGGAACCUGCAACACCAAGGAAGAAGCUGUCCAUGCUGCCACCAUUACUGGGUAUGAAAAAGUGCCAGCCAACAGUGAAUCCGCAUUGUUACAGGCAGUCACUAAUCAACCCGUAUCAGUUGCCAUUGAUGCCAGUGGCAUGGGUUUCCAGUUAUAUUCAGGUGGCGUGUUUACUGGGAAUUUUGGAACUGAUCUUGACCAUGGUGUUACAAGCUUGUUGAAUCAAAUGGAGUUAUAUGUGGUUGUGUAUAUACUUGAAAUCUUAGGCUUGGAUAGUCUACAAGGAAUCAUGUUGGAUCAAGGCAGCUGUAUUGAUACCUGUUGUACUUUUUGUAGGAAGGUGUGGAUUGCAUAUAAGGAAUCAAGGUGGAUAAGUGCUUUCUUUUGGAUACUUUCACUUCUAUCUUUUUGGAGGGUAAAUGGGGAUGGUAAUUCUGAAAAUGGCUCCCAUAUAUGUGAACAAUAUCCAUUUUCAGUAAAUGAGAAGGUAAUUCAUAUUGUAGUGUAUUUAUUCCAAAUCCCAAAUUCUUUGGAUGGAGAAAAGGGUCACAAGAAUUAUCGGAGCAGGGGUUCAAUAUUAGUCUUAAAGAAGUAUGAAAGGCAAGAUUCAACUCUACUUAGUUGGAAUUGA